GCUGCUGCUGCUGACCUAUCCCUAGUGAAAAGUUCGGUAGUUCGCCUGCUGACCUUCGCUACUUCCGACCAAACUGCUGCGACGGUGCCACCAAGCAGUCGACGUGUGUGACCAGGUCACACUAAGAGGGUGAUGUUAUGGCGCUGUCGUUGAUGUGCACGAUGGUGUCACAUCACACACUUUUGGUGUCGGGCUUUCUGCUGUUGGUGACGUCACACAGUACUCGGGGAGUGAUGGCAUCUUUUUCAGAUUUGUGGCGAAAACCCAAUGCCUACCCCAAAAACUUCGACCACAUCACCAUGUACGUCACUCAAGAGAAGGUGGCGUUCACAGGAGAAAAAGCGCUAACGAGCGGUUGUGGCGCCGAUGGACGACCGUACAAGUACCGGGGCGCCAGUCACUUACCAGCGCUCCGCGAAGUGUUGGGUAACAGCAAAACCGCGGUUUGGAUCGGUGCGGUGACUGCCACUACCCCCUGGAAGUGGGGAGAUAACACUUCUCUGUACCAGCUGUUGGGACUCACUGUUAGUGAGCGCUACAAGAAGAAUGCCUUUCGAGUUCCAGGCAACAACGUCUUUCUUUGUUCUCUAAACUGUCCACAACCAUCGUUUAUCUUGCUUCAGGGUAUCUGGUGCACAUGUUUAAACGUUCAACCGGAAACAAGACCUGCAGUGGGCCCGUUGCUUUUAUGUCCCGGAACCUAUGAAGAAAUAUGCGGCAGUCCGGGGGCGUUCUCUGUCUACUACACACAGCUGCCGGACGGAGUGCGCUGGGGCAGCCUGGUCACGGUGCAAAGUUCAUGCGGUGUGAAGGCCUCCCUGUACAAACCUGGGUCACGCGGCCAGUUGCAGUUGCUGGCAGACGUAGACGAAACAGCUAAGAAAGGCUAUAUUUGUAAUGGAACACUGCAAGAGGACGGAGAGGUCCCAGCCCAUGAGCGUCAUCUGUUGGUUUCUCGAGAGGACGCGGCAGGACUUUCGUGGCAGGACGCGAAAACAAAAUGCGAGAGCGGGGCCAGGAACCUUUUGACCCUGAGGCCAAAGGUCGAUCUCGCAGAACUUGCUGACGAGCUGCAGACGUCGCAGACCUACUGGGUGGCGCUCAGCCGCACCAACGUCUCCCUCUGGCUAGACGGAAGUCACGUGACCGUGCCUGUCAGUUUCCGUCACGGCCAUGGGCACCCUGCCUGCUUGACCCUGAGCUUGAAGGACGGGGAGCCGGAAUUCUAUUUCGAGAGCUGCGCUGGGGUGCAGCUGCAGGUUCUGUGCGAAAAAGACACUGGCUCACGUGCGCUGACUUUUACUCAUGAUUCAGAGGGCAACCAUGUCGUUAUGGAUAACUCUGCAACCAACAGCCCAUCAAUGUCCGACACCGAAUGGUUCUGUGCGCUGUGCUGGCACUGCUGCUGUUGCUGACCGUAACAUUGGCAACCGUCCUUUGGCACAGAAACCGAUGCCUUCCACCCAAACAUGUCAUCACACCUCACAAUCGGUCGUCUAGGCCGGAACGCCUCCAGAAGACUCUCACGAACCAUCCUGCACCGGGGACUCCAGACCCGAGCGCUGCCGAGAAGAUCAGAACGACGCUGACCAGAAAGACCUGACUUUGCCUGUCACCGGCUCCUCCACGUGCAGCUCCUCAGCCCAGGGACGCUUACGGGUACGCAACUGUUAACAAAAGCAAGCAAACACAACGGUCGGUUCCACCCGGAAGUUCCAUCCCUGACAGCAAGUCUCCAUUAUCGUUGUCGUUGACGUCGUAUAACGGCGAAGCAGGCGUGGAGUACAUGCAGGUGGUUUUCCCAGGGAGCCUCGAUAAACAGCAGCAUGCGCCUCCUCCUUCUCAUACUCCUCAGCAGCAGCAGCAGCCGCCGCCCGAGCUGUCGCAGGGGCAGCGUCCCAGGGUCCAUCACCAGUUCGGAGGAUGCCUACAGCGUCUUGAGCUACCGUCGCGCCAUCCAGCGGGCAUGGACGGGCCUCAAGCGCACAGCGUAUGCCCACGUGGUCGUGCGCAGGCCCAGAACGGAGCAGGCCACCUGCAAAAUAGCGGGCAGGGCGGGCGUAGAUAAUGAUGAUGCAGGUGCGUAUGAUGAGGCACAGCCUGCAUCUAUACGGGUGCUGUGCAUCGACAACUUGUACGACCACGCCGACCCCUUGAAACUCCCUGAAAGGGCCUCAUACCCCAACACCAGUUCGAGAUCUGUAAAGCUAAAUAGGAAGUCAGAAACCCUGGUUUGACAAACAUUUUAAAAACAAUCAAAUCCGCUCUGUUAUCACACAACGUCCUGUUCUUUUAUAGCCACUUUUUAUUUUUAUUUUCGAGACUGGAAUGUGUAAAAUUCAAUAGGUCACGCAUGUUUACAAAUGUCUGCAAAGUCGACACAUAACAUACAAAAGAUGAAUGCCAAGAAAAGAACUGAAUAAAGAGCGAAAAGAGAGUAUACUUGUCGUGGAAGAGCGGUACACUGUUACUAGUAUUUAAUAAUAUAUUAUAAUGGUGUUGUUAUCUCGAUAUAAGCAGACUCGACUUGAAAGUCCUCUGUACGGUCUCCAUUUCUUUCUCAUGCAAUCUCACCGCACUCUUAGUAGCCAUUUUUUGGACCAAGACAUCCUCUCGCUUCUGUUUCACAACACAUACAAGUCAUUAAAUAUGACAGAUGUAUAAACAUAAAAUCGUCAUUAAGAGUUUCCAUAUUGUAUUAGGCUGGUUUGACAGUAUCUCACCUAAAAUCUGAAACUUCUUUAUUCUGGCCAAAAUUUAUAUCGUUCAAAAUGAAUUCCGAGAGAAGCAAUUGUUCUAGUCUGAAUUAUCUGGGCUGCUGUCACUCUCUUCAUUUUGUUUCUUUUUUGGUAGGCUGAUCAGUUCAAGUCCUCUUUUUGUGGUCAGUCUGCUAAUGUCAAAACCCUUGUCUCUCGUUAUUGCAUCACCUCUCUUGAACAAAUCAAGAAGUCUUGAUUGAACAACAACUUAUGAUCAUUGAAUACUUCCCAACCACAUAUCAGAUACAAA